AACACCCUCGACUUUAUUAAAAUAUAUAUAUUUUUUCAUCGAGAAGCCUCAGCCGCUACUCUAUUAAAAUAAAGUCUUCAUAUUAUUGGGAUCAUAGUAAGCAUGCUUGUCUCUGUGACAGCUUGAGAUUUGUUCACUCCGGCGCUACUGUACUACUACCUAGUGUACUGAGACUCUACCCAAGAGAGACAGAGAGAGAGAGAGAGAGAGAGAGAGAGAGAGAGAGAGAGAAAAUGGAGAAAGCUCUGACAAAAGUGGGUAGCUUAAAGGUCGGGAGCUUAUGGAUUUCAAAGAAAGCAAAGGAGGAGUUCUCUAACAUUAGUGAAGACAUCUCUACUUUCUCAAACACAGUUGAAGAAAAGGCAAAGUGGAUGUUCAACAAACUAAAAGGAAAGCCACUGAAAGGUUUACCAGAUCUCCUUCAAGAGUACAACUUACCGCGAGGCCUAUUUCCCCAGAAUAUAACCUGUUACGAAUUUGACGAAUCGAAGGCCAAGCUGAUUGUGUACUUGCCUUCUGUAUGUGAGGUCAGCUUUAAGGACUCCUCUGUAAUAAGGUAUGCUACCCGGGUUAAAGGAACUUUGCUGAGGGGAAAGCUCACAGGUAUAGAGGGAAUGAAGACAAAGGUCCUAGUGUGGGUGAAAGUUACCAACGUGGCUGUGGAGGGCUACAAGUCUGAUAAGGUUUGGUUCACAGCUGGUGUGAAGAAGUCUAGGCCUAAGGAUGCUUAUGAUGUGCCCCGUGCUGCCGUUAGAGUACAAGAAUUCUGAAUUUAGACCGAACAUUGUUGUCAUCGGGGUAGAUGACCAGGUAGUAGUCAUUGGUGGUGUUCUUAUAGAGUAGAUAUUAGCAACCUCUUGUCUCUGUUGACAACAUUGGAUGCACUGCUUUUAUGUUUUUCACUUUUCAGCCUUUAAAAUCUCGUCAGCUUUAGGGGUAGCUUAUAUGUUAUGCAGAUUUUGAUGAUGGUCAAUGCAAUAUGAAGGUUCAUGAUAA